UGCAUACGUAUUUUCGUACCUAACCUGAAUGUACCUAACCUGAAUGUAGCGGGCAAACGUCAGGUAGUUUCAUCAAUGUUUACUUCAAGCUAUUAGUCUAUAAAGCUACUAUAAUCAUCUCUACAUCACAUAACGUCAGCAAGAUAAAAGCCAUAUUCAAGCUUCUUCAACCCUGUUUGUUAACCUCGCAAGCCUUAUAUCGUAUAUCUACAUGUACUUGCAAUCCUGAUUUAGCAAGCUAUUAAAAUAUAUUGAAGCCCUACCCCUCAGCUGUCUUCCAUCAUCAUCAAUCUAUUGUCCCAUCUUUAAGUCCGUUUUCAUCCAGUGUUAAUCAUCUUCAAUAAUACCACUCCGUAUGUGCGUCGUCCCAACUAUUAUAGGAGUUAUGUCUGGAUUCUUUUCUCUUCUUCCCGACCUGCUUCCGAUGAUACUACCUUCUGAGGUACAAAUUACAAAAGCUUCUGACCUUGAGGCUCAAAGAGGCGGGAAGGAUGCGCCCAUGAUUCGCCAGGGAGCUGUGAUCGGCAAGAGUGAUAGAAUGUGUGCUACUGUUUUGAUAGCCAAGCCCCGGUGUUCCUCGGCAGUACAUCACCAUGGUGAACAAGAGACUAUCAUCUACGCCGCCUCAGGCAAGGGAAUGGCACUUGUUACUCUACGUAAAUCAUGUAGGCUAACUUGUUCGCAAUUGGUGACUAGCUCCGGUGCGGACGAAGAACCCAAGAGACAUGAGCUCUCGCCAGGGGAUUUUGCUUUCAUCCCGCCCUGGACUGAACAUCAAGAAAUCAACGAGACUGAUGAGAAUGUUGUGUGGAUUCUCAUCCGGAGUGGCCCGGAACCUGUGGUGGUCUACUUGACAGGUUGGGGAGGCGACGAGGCAAAGGCUGAUUCAAUCGGUUGAAGCUACUAUCAAUAGCAUUCACAUACAGCCAAUUCAACAAGUCU